AUGGAUGAGGACAGAAACCUGCCAAAGAGGCCCUGGGACACGUGUCGGGAGGUCCCGGUCAUUAAAGAUGAACACACGCCAUGGAAGCUGAUCAAACUCCUGAGGUUCAUCUCUCUCUCUCUGGUCGCCAUGUUUGUGUUUGGGUUGGCCGUUUGCAGCAAGACGUCUUUCCUUCUCCUCAUCACCCUGUCCAAUAAAGGCACAAAGAUCCUCUCAGAUGAGCAGAAACCUGUCGCUCUGUUGUGUAUCGGCUGUGCUCUCAUUGCUCCCAGUGUUCUUCUCUUACUGAAGAGCAUCUGGAAGGCUUGCUACAGGUCAUCAAAGACGCCAUACAAGAGUACUGUUGCAAUGGUUAUGUUCUUUGAUUUCAUGGUGUCUCUGGGUGCAGCAAUUCUCACCAUCGUCGCAAUGCCACACUUGGACAUCGUCACCAACGUCGCCAUACUGAACGGCGUAGCCGUCCUCUCUGCACUGCUUCAAGUGAUCGCUCAGUUCACCGCCAGGCAAAGGAACCGCUUCCUGGUCCCAUCCAUCAUCGCCUUUAUCUUCAUUCUGCUCGGUUACAUCCUCUUCCUCGUCUUAUACAUUAUGAAGGAUCCCACUGAUACCAAGAUGAUGAUUUGGGUGGGUCUGGCUGUUGGUGGGUCCUUCUUGGCUUCCAUCAACUGGUGGGAAAACUACUGCAGACUGAUCGGUGAGAACAGCAGCUCUGUUUUCCUCAAGAUCCUGAGUACAGAUGUAAGAAGGAGCCAGAACAUGCUGAAUAUCCUCUCCAGUCUGCUCAGGAUUGCAGUGACUGCCUGCGUGCUCGGAGCCUACGUCCCUCUUGCCAAAAUGGACUGGGACACGGUCAACUCCAUCCCACAGCGUGAAACAAGAAUCAUAGCCAUCAUCAUCGGGGUCCAGCUGAUCUCCUCUGCUCUCUGCCACUGGUUUGCACUGGUAGCCUGCAAGAUGCACGCCCUGAGACGCUGUUUCAUCCUGCCUUUGUACUUCGCCUCGCUGGCCGUCAUGGCUCUGCUCGUCAUACCCGUUAUCGUUUACUAUCAGGACUACAGAAUCAGUCUGAAUGUGAAUCAAAGCACCAACUUUACCAGCUACUGUGAGGAAGUUGUAGAUGGAAGAAGCAGAAACCAGAACAGUACUGUGUUCCCAGAUCUAGUGUUGGAUGUAACACACACUCUGUGCUUCCUGGACAUGUCCAAGAUGGCUGACAUUGGAAUACUGAUGGGUUCAGCAGUGUCCUGGUGGCUCGGUCUUGUGUUGGCCACAGUCCACCUGUGGCACCUCGGUCUCUAUCGCAUCCAGAGGACUCAAGACCUGUUCAUCAGGAGGCUGUAUGAAGGAGGAUUUAUCGAGCAGUCUCUGCUUCUCAACACUCGGUUUGACAUCCAGACCAUUGAAAAACAGAAGAGACGCAGGCCAGUCGACCCAGUGAAAGUGUUCCUCUGUGCGACCAUGUGGCAUGAAACCUACGACGAGAUGAUGAAGAUCAUCAUUUCAAUAUUUCGGUUGGACAAGUACAGGCCAAAAACGGAAGGAGAACCAUGCGAUGCGACCUUCGAAGGCCACAUCUACUUUGACGAUGCCUUCAGAAACGUCACGGGCAGUCAAGGCCGGCAUGUCAACGAAUAUGCAGAGAUGCUGGUGAACAUAAUCCAAGAAGUUUACAGUAUCUUCCUCAAUAUGGACAAAGGCCUGUUUGAAAAGCAGCAGCAGAUUCCUGAUCAGACUCUGGUGAGGACGUCCUACGGAGGCCGUCUGGUCGUCACCAUGCCUCAUGGAAACAGUCUGACGGUUCACUUCAAGGACAGGCUGCUCAUUCGCCACAAGAAGAGGUGGUCUCAGGUGAUGUACCUGUACUAUCUCCUGGGAUGGAAGCUCUCCACUAAGUAUUACAGACGAUGGGCAAAAGGAGAAGAUGAGGCUGAGCUGAAGAGAGAGUUUGAGAAGCACAACACCUACAUCUUGACUCUGGAUGGGGACACAGACUUUCAGCCGGCUUCCGUGAUGUUGCUCAUUGAUCGUCUGAAACUUUACCCGCUUGUCGGAGCAGCAUGUGGACGGAUUCAUCCCACAGGAUCAGGUCCCAUGGUGUGGUACCAGAAGUUUGAGUAUGCGGUGGGCCACUGGCUUCACAAGACGGCUGAGCACGUGUACGGCUGUGUGCUGUGUAGCCCGGGCUGCUUCAGUCUGUUUAGAGCUUCAGCGCUGAUGGACGACAAUGUGAUGAAAAAGUACACGAUCAAGGCCUCAAGGCCGGCACAUCACAUCCAGUAUGACCAAGGUGAGGACCGCUGGCUGUGCACUCUGCUGCUAAAACAGGGAUGGCGAGUGGAGUACAACGCAGCGUCGGACGCUUACACCAACGCCCCAGAGGAGUUCAAAGAGUUUUACAACCAGCGUCGUCGAUGGGGACCGUCCACCAUGGCUAACAUCGCAGACCUGCUGGGUUCAACCUCCCUGAUUUUAAAGAGGAACCCGUCCAUGUCUAGACCCUACAUGCUCUACCAGCUCUUCAGCUUGGCCUCGUCCAUCCUGGCACCUUCCACCGUCAUCCUUAUGAUAGCAGGUAGUUUGACUGUGUUGCUCGACAUCCAUCCAAAUGGCGCUCUGGUCAUAGCUCUGAUACCUCCGGUCAUCUUCCUUGGCGUCAGCUUCAAGAUCAAGGCGGACACUCAGAUCACCAUCGCAGCUGUCCUGAGCAUCCUGUACGCCUUCCUCAUGAUGAUUUCAGCGAUGGUCAUCAUAGGGAACAUGGUGAGAGAUCAAACCAUCCUGACUCCCAGCAGCCUCUUUAUAAUAGCCCUCGCCUGCUUUUACCUGGUCACUGCACUCAUGCACCCUCAGGAGGUCGGCCUGAUAGUCUACGGCCUGAUUUACAUCCUCUCCAUCCCCAGCGCCUACCUGCUGCUGUCCAUUUACUCCAUAGUCAACAUGAACAACGUGUCCUGGGGCACCAGAGAGACGACGCCUCCCGCUGGAGCCAACAAACAGGGUCCAACUCAAACACAAGCCCAGAAAGCCAAAAGUGCAUUCACACGGUGCUUCUCACGGGCAAAGUGCUGCAGAAAACUCUGCCGCAGAGGAGACACCGAGGAGCUCAUGGUCAACCAGGAGAACAUGGUGAUGGACAGCCAGGAACCUCAACCACAGAACAGCAUCGUGGAGGAUGUGGAGACGACAAAUCAGGUGCCGAGAAAAGAGACGCCUGCUUUCAGAUGCCGUAAUCAGUGCUGGGUUACACAACUGCAGAGUCUGUCUGAUGACAUGCGGCUGCAGGAAGAUGUUCUUGACCAGGAUGAAGAUCAGUUCUUCAGACAGCUCACGGCCAAAUAUCUGGAACCUUUGACCGAGGACAAAAAGAAGCAGAGAGAGAUGGCGGCUGAACUCAAAGAGCUGAGGAACAAGAUCACCUUCGUCUACUUCAUUCUCAACGCCCUCUGGCUCAUCGCCACCUUCACUCUGCAGCUCACUCAGACGUCCGUCUUCAUCCAGGUGCCCAAAGUCGACAUCGACCUGCAGUUCACUGGAGAGUACAUUUACAUCGACCCCAUCGGCUUCAUGUUCAUCCUGGCCUUCGCCCUGCUGGUGGUGGUCCAGUUCAUAGCCAUGCUGUACCACAGAAUAUACACACUGAUCCAUUUUGUGGCCUUCCUGGAUACAGAGAGGUCUGAGCCUGAUGCUAAAAAACAAAUGCAGGAAGCCAAACAGUUAGAUGGGUAA